UCUUCCGUCCACACAGGAAGCCAUUUUUUUCUCUUUCUCUGAGCAGCGGCGGCGCCAGUUAUUUUGAAAAGUGAUCCGCGCGCGCCGCGGAGCCGCAGCUGUUCAGGAGCCAUGAGCGGAGGAAGAUGACGGAUUCAUCGGUCGCGGAAGGACACGUUAAAGUCAGAGACGGCAAAAAGUGGAAAACUCGGUGGGUAGUUCUCCGUAAGCCCUCACCGGUGGCGGACUGCCUGGUGUUGUUGGUGUCUAAGGAACGAGGUGUGAAGGAGCGGAGCAGCGUGGUUUUGGAGCACAUCUGUGGUCUGGAGGCAGGAGGGAGCAGCGAAGGAGUCGCCUAUUCUCUGACAAUCCUCAGUCUGAAUCAGAUUGUUCAGCUGGGAUUUGACAGUAAGGAGGCCCUACUGGCCUGGGACCUUCGGCUUCGCUACUAUCUAGGGGAAGUACACAGUUUUAAAGUGACAGUCCUGCCUGGUACUAAGCUGGAAACUGGUCUGGCCACCCUUCAUUUGUGCAACAAUCUGCUCGUCAUUGCCAGAGACACCCCCCCUGUUAUCAGCGGCCAGUGGAACCUCCUGGACCUGCGCAGAUACGGCCCCGUCCCCAAUGGCUUUGUGUUUGAGGGUGGCACUCGCUGUGGUUAUUGGGCUGGUGUGUUCUUCUUAUCCUGUGCUGAAGGAGAGCAGAUCAGUUUUCUGUUUGACUGCAUUGUACGCGGCAUCUCCCCCUCCAGAGCUCCCUUUGGAAUCAAACCGCUGCUGCCAGAUCCCAGUGCCAGCGCAGCAUCAGCAGAGGAGCGACUGAACCAAGAGGCUGAAGAGUUGGAGAAGAGGCUCAGCCGGCUGUCUCAUAACACAGCGUCCACCUCCAGUUUCAGUUCUUCAGUAGCUGGAGAUGACCGCAGCAUAUCCGGGUCCUCAGACUCAGAAACCAGCCACUCGGAUUCCAGCAUCAGCAGCCGACUGACCCUGUGGGUGGAGCCGGUUCCUACCGCCACAGCUGACUCCACUAGAACUGCCUCUCAUGGAGAGGAGAAACUGCCAAUUAAUCCAGCCAGUGGGCCCAGACUGCCAUCAAAGCCCUCUCUCUCACGGAGGCUUCAGGAAAUUGGCCGACAGAGCUCCUCAGACAGCGGCAUUGCCACAGGAAGCCACUCGUCCUAUUCUGGCAGCUUUUCAUCCUACACGGGCAGCCUAGAUACAGGGAGCCCCAGAGAGGAGUAUGGCACUCUGCUCAGCUUACCGCCAUUCUCUAGUCCCGAAAAGCAUCAGUGUACCUGUCCAAUCAGCCACACCCAUGAGUACCAAGUGCCUUCAUCACUACGCUACCUGUAUGACACACCCCGCAGUCUUCUUGAAGAGGCCAGAGAGCAGAAAGAAGCUGCAGCCAGUGAACAGACUGAGGAAACAGUUAAAGAGCAGACUGAAGGCUCAGCUGCUGCAUGCUCACUUCCUGAAUCUCCCAGAGACUUGGGGGCUCAGGGUUCGUCCAGCACAGACACACACUCUGACUGCCUGAUUUGCUGUCCCCAUCCUGCUUCAUCUAGAAUGCUCUUCACCACCUGCCCCAUCUGUGGUGGCUUAAAGAGAGCACCCUUACCUAUGGCAGGUGCUUCACUACAGCAUGGCGUGCCAGCAGGUGGAAAAUCAACCAGUGAUGCGUCAGUUCUUGCCACCAAUCUGGAGUGGAAUCCCCGAACAGAUUUGUCGACACAAAGCCUGUCAUUUGCAAGUUCAGGGACCGACAACAAGCUGCAAGAGGGAAGCCCUAAGAGCUAUAUAGACAGUCUGUCUGAUCUGUUAGGACAUUAUUCUCCAGGGAGGACAGAAACAGUGUCAAUUAUACCAAGCCUGCCUGAUUCAGUAAGGCUUUAUUGUCCUCCAGGGAACAAUAGCCUGGGAUCAGCCCAAUCUGGUUCAUAUAUACCAAUGGCCUCAACAUUAACAUCACCUCAGUGCCCUUCAUCAUGCCAAGUUUAUCCCAUCAUUCCUUCCCACCCUACCUCUCACUCAACAAACUAUGAGAACUGCCUGCAAUGUAGAAAAGGUCAGGAUGGCUGCAUGCUCCCCAAGGCUGUUCCUGCGGUAAUUAGUAGUUUGAUGCACCCAUCUGGACGGAAGAGCACUGGUGGGCAGGGUCACUUUCCCUUUCUCCAGGACCUGAGUGCUAGUUCCUGGGGAUUAAGCUCAGAGAUCCCUCCUGUGGAAGAACCUCCUCAUCUCCCUACACUCACCUCCCAGCCACCCUUACAGCUUAGUGAUGGAGAAACAACAGUGGGAGAUAAGAAGCAGAGAAGUCAUGCAGAGAGAGGGAGAAUGGAUCCUGCCUAUGAGAUCAUGGAGGGCCAAGCCACAGUCAGGAGCUCAGAGUCAGAUGAGAAGAGCAGAUAUGAGCUGAUGAGCAGCUCUGGGCAGCAGAGGAGCACUGACGAUCCUGAAGGUGGCUCUGGAGUGAGUGAACGGCCGAAAGGAGGAGCGACGUAUGUAAAUAUUCCCAUCAGCCCAAAGUCCAAAAAGCAGCUGCACUAUAUGGAGCUGGAGCUGCAGGAACAUGGCACCACCAUCAAAGGAAAAGGCACCACAAAAUACGCACAAAUUGACAUCACUGCAACAGAGACUGCACACAGAGUGGGUACCCAGCAUGCACUGGGACGGGAGGCAGGGCUUCACAAACUGGAACAGUGGAAAAGAGGAGGGGCACCGCAGUGAUGACAUCAUUUACUAAUGAUGAUGCCAUUGCUCUUUACCAUGAUAACAGUGAUAUGAAGAAAAAGAGAAAAGUGUGUUGGUAAAGUGUCUCUCAGAACAGAAACAGUGUGGAAUGUUAACUGCUGAGAGUGCCAAAGAUCCUUCCUCGCGCUACCGGUUUGGACACCAUACAGGUCCGUGUUAAAGCCUUCAACUCCACUUACUCCCAGAGUCACAUGCCAGGCUAAACCAAACUGAACAGGUGGCAUAAAUACAUGAAAAACUGACUGAACUGAGGCAGCCGAAGGUCCAGUUUCAUUAGCUGGUGUUGUGUAGCUAUGAGACUGUGAUCAUGUGGGUUUUGUUGUGUGAGUGUGUGAGUGUGUGGGUGGGUGUGAGUGUGAUAAUUUGAGCAUUAGAACUGUGAGGACAGACCGUGUGAACAUGGCUGAUUAUACAGUAGAUGAGUCACCACACGCUCAGCUGCCUGCAGCAACAUGUCUCCUAUUAAUUUGCUGUAAUAUUCGCCCUUAAUCAAUUUCAUACACUAUUGUCCCUUAAUCAAGUAAUGGACGUCUCUGACCACACAUCAGAGCUGCAAACACGGCACAGCAAAACAUUUCCUACUGAGCAAAAAACUGGACAGAUCCAUGUGAGGCAAUGUGCUCACUUUGUGGACAGAGUGGUAAAAACUCAUGCAUUCUUUUUGCUAUUUUCCUGGUCAUGAAAAUAGCAACAAUAUUUAUAAUCACAUCCAUAAGUGCCAGUGCUGCAUUCUUAUUCCUUAUUUUUGUAUUUGUGGCUAUGAAAAUUGGCCAUGUAUUUUCUUUGGACUGACUGAAAGGAAAUUGUGCAUAUACAAUGUUGGGCAUUAUUAAAUAUUCAGACAAAUUUAA